AAGGCAAAAAGAAAGAAAAAAAAAAACCUUGUCUCGGCGUCUCAAGUUCACCGACUUUUUCUCGGAGCAGAAUGCCGCUCAUGUCUAGUAUUGCUGACCUCAGCAAGAAACAAACAAAUCCCCCGUCGUCUCGAUCUAUGGUCUCUGACCGCGAUCGGCUCGUGACAUCGUCCCACAUCAGUUGCUACUCCCAAAACCUACAGCUAUUCGGCCGACACAUCAGGAACAGUCGAGACUAGAGGGCCAAGAGCUCACUCUCUCCCAACUCUCGGUUAGCUGUUUUGAGACGUGCCGGGAGGAGUACCGAAUCCAGAGCUGACCGGUAACUGUACGCUCGGCUCGGGGCAUGUGAGCUGUUGGGGUUUGGCUUGUGCUCACGACCAGAAAUUGGACACGCGGUCUCAACAGGGUAUGGGUUUCGCCCGCCAUGUGCUGAGCAGAACGGGACAAAAAAAGGAGAACAAGCUUCGAACCUUGUGCAUCUAAAUAUCGGAUGAUGGACGGCGGUGUCGAGACGAAACCACUCGUCACCUGCAAUCACAGGAAUAACCAUGGCCUGCUAACAUUGAGGCCUAUUUCCGAAUGAGAGUAACCGCGGGUCUCAGUAUAUGUGCCAUAUAGGUGCCCAAGUUAGUACGGAUGGCAACGCCAAGGAAGGAUUUUGUUCCGUUAUUUGUCUGACAGAGUUUAUCCUUGGUCCUUGACUGUUUGUCAGUCACGGAAAAAAAGGGUUUGUUCUCUUAAGGCUGAGAGCCUGUUGGCAAGAGAGCCUUUCUGACGACGACACUGACUCUGUAUACUCGCACGAACAAGGGGUGCCGGUUGACAGAUUUCUAGAAUUUCUACUGGAACCACCCUCCGUGCACCAACGAGGAGGCAACCCGAUACUUCGCACCAACCUGAUGAUGUACCCGGUAUCUUACUUUCGAGUGGACGUGGUAAACACGCCCCCGGGUCGGCCACGGUCCUCGUCCGUGUCAUCCCUUAGUCGGGUCGGCGGACAUCGGACGGCGGUCCCAGCCAACAUUCACCCCCCUUGGAGCUUUACUGCGGACAUAAGUGAAAAUGUCAGAAGUCGACGAGCCCACACUGUCCCAACGUACGGACCAGCUCGUAUUACCUCCAUGUUACCUGUUUUCAGAAACAAGUUCCCCCUGAAUGAGUUUGCGGGUUAUGGCAACCCAAAGAGCCUAUGGUCGCACACAAGGGCUUCGAGGUCUCAGCAGUUGAUCAUGGGCUAUUUUCGGCAAACCCCCGGGGUUGAGAAACCAUGA